AUGAACGCUUCCUCCACCCGAUCUGCUCAACCUGUCACCCGCUUGGCCUGCAAUCGAUGCCACCAGCAGAAGCUGCGAUGCCACCGCAGUCUCGUUCCUGGCCAGCCCUGCGCACGCUGCGAGAAUGCCCAAGUCGAAUGCAUUUUCGAGCCUCCUCUACGGCCGGGGAGACCCAGCACUCGUCGCAAGUCUCGCAGCAAGCCGCCGUCUCCGUCCAAGAGCGGUGAAGUCUCUUCCUCUGCCAAGUCUCCUCGACAGCAGGAUGACCAGUCAGCGAACGAUCCGCCGAGAGGAUAUCUGUCGGAGCUAGAUGGACUGUUCGAUGUGGUUGCAUCCGAGUGUCCAAUGGCCAGCAGUAACGAUGACCAGGCUGGGGCCAUAGUCUCACUCUCUCCGUUUCCCGACCCUAGUCCGGAUGAGCCUCUCCUGUCGUUCGGUUGCAAAUCUCCGUUGAACAGUGGCUCCCUGUAUAUGGCGCCUGACUGGCUCCAUCUGCCCAUGCAGCCCCAUUCUUCCGCCCCCAAAACCCCCUCUUCCUCCUUGGCGCAUGGAGAAACCUUCCAGCCAACCGCCGCCAUAACGACAUUCUCUUUAUCUUCAUCUUCAUCUUCGUCGUCAUCAUCCGUCUCGACGUCGACAUCGUCCCUGCUGGUAGCAUCCGAUGUCAACUUCUACCGGCUGUCCGAGCUGAGCAUGACGCUGAACGAGUAUUCCUGCCAACUGGCAGCAGCAACGGCAACUGCCACUGCCGGAGCGCAAUCGGACUCCGUGGUGGAUCCGCCCCCAACCAUCACCAUCGACCAGAUCCUUGCCGUCACCCAAUCCCUGGCAGACAUUCUCUCCCCUGUUCCUACCCAUAAUGACCCUGGUAAUAAUAAACUUCAGCAUCCCAAACCCCCCUGCCCACGCGCAGACUUCGACUACCCCUUCCAUGUGGCCUAUCGAUCCUCACCGGACGGGGCUACCUCCCUGCUCAUCCUCUCCUGCUACCUUCGCCUCCUCCACCUCUACAACGCAGCCCUGUCCAGCCCGUCCGCAGUCGCAAUCGCCCCCGCGUCUCCAGCAGGAAAUGGGAAUGGGAAUGGGAUGCAACCAUUGCGCUUCCAGAUCGGUUGUUUCUCCACCCCCAUGACAUCCUCCAUGGCGCUACUCGCCUGUGUGAGUUCGCAGCUGCUGGGUAAUCUUGAGGCCGCGCUCCGACGUCUCGCGUUGAGUAUGCCUGCUGCGGGUCGGGGAGAGCAAUCCUGGCCUUGGGAGCCGGAUGCUGGCCCGGGAUCCUGUGUGAUGACCAUCGCGCGGGCGGCAAUGCUGGAGGCGAGGACAUUGCAAGCUAACCUCCGGCAGCGGCUGCAUUUGCUCAAUUCUGUUUCUUCUCCUGAAUGA